UACCACUAGUUAUUAAAUAAAAUAUAGUAAAAUAAGCAUUUUAAAGAUUUAGUGUGAUGAAUAGUGUUACACCAAAUUUGGUGGGAUGAUAUCAACUUUGGUGUAUUGUUGGAGAUAAAAUUACACUAAAUUUGAUGUUUUGGUGUCUUGUUGGAGAUGACCUAACUAGUCUAAUAAUAAUAGUUCCAUGUGUAGCUAUAACUUGUAUACUGUAAAUGUGUAAGAGCACCUUUAACGGCAAUAUACUCACAACGAAUUUUGUCGGCCACAAAAUAAUCUUUUUAAUAUAGUUUCAGAAAAUAAUUAGAUUUUAUUUAAUUUUUAAAAAGUAAACCAACAUAAACAUAGCUAAAUGUGUACUAGAAGAUAUCUGAAAAGUUCUAAAAGAACCUUUGUCUUGCCUCUCUCUUCGACUUUAUAUAUUUUUGAAUUUUUUUUUCCAGAUAUCCAUUAAGAUCCCUACAAAGAUGCUCUUAAUGUGGCACAUAGCCACAUAUACAUACAGUCAUAAGUCAUAACCAUCAACAUUAUCAUAUAUUCAAUUACUAUUCACUCAAAAUAUUAUCAUUCCAUCUUGAUAAGAUCUUGCUCUAUCUUCUAAUCAUAAUUUUUUCUAUAUGUAAGGAAGUAAUAGAUUGUGUUCCCCAUAUAUAUAUUUACUAUUAACGUUUAAUGUAAUCCUCUGAUUUUGUUGCUCUAUAAAUAAGAAGCUCAAACGCUUCAGUUUGCUCCAACAAAUCCAAAAAGAAAGAAAGAAGAAAUCAGAUCAAUGGCGUCUAGGUUUCUGAUCCCUUGUAUCUCUCCUCUCUUUCUAUUCUACUUCUUCCUCGCCAUCUCAAGUACUCAGACUAAUGCAUUUCACGAUGGACAAAAGGUCUUCGACGUCAGAAACUACGGUGCUCGUGGCGACGGCAAAACAAACACAUACAAUGCUCUUGCGUUUACAAAAGCGUGGAACGACGCUUGUCAAUGGAGUGGUGGAAGAUCAACGGUCUAUAUUCCCGCAGGAAAAUUCUAUCUCGAUCAAAUAACGUUCUCUGGUCCUUGCAAAAGGCAUGUUACUUUUACAAUCAGAGGAACGUUGUUGGCUCCUCGGAUCCUUUACGCGGACAAACGAGCAGAAUGGAUCGCUUUCCGUUACGUCGAUAACCUCACCGUUAACGGAGGGGGAAUACUUGACGGUCAAGGAUCUUACUCUUGGCGCCAUCUAAAUGAUUGUGACAAAAACCCUAACUGUCGUGCUCUAGCUAUGAACAUUGGGUUUUCUUUCGUUAGAUCCGCGAGGGUUAACGGUCUAAGAUCGAUCAACAGCAAAAUGGGACACUUCAACUUAUACGCAGUCGAGAAUUUUAACAUUACCCGCGUCAAAAUCACCGCUCCCGGAGAUAGCCCUAACACUGACGGAAUCAAGAUCGGGAGGUCUAAGGAUAUGCAUAUUUCCAACGUCAGUAUCGGAACCGGUGACGAUUGUGUCGCAAUUCUUGACGGAACCACCAACUUGGAUAUCUCUAAUGUCAGGUGCGGACCAGGGCACGGGAUUAGUGUCGGGAGCAUUGGGAGAUUCAAAGAAGAGAAGAGCAUUGAGGGCAUAACCGUAAGAAACUCUGUACUCAAGGGUACAAUGAACGGUUUAAGGAUCAAAACAUGGGCUAAGUCGGCCUCAGAGAAUUCGGUUUCGAAAUUCUUGUUCGAGGAUAUCCAAAUGAUCAAUGUUCGAAACCCCAUUGUCAUCGACCAGCAGUAUUGUCCACACAACCUAUGCGACAGUCCUGGAAAGUAUAAUUCUCAUGUUCAGAUCAAAGACGUGAAGUAUACCAGCAUUUGGGGAACGUCGGCGACUCAAGCGGCUUUGAUGCUGCAGUGUAGCAAAGCGUUUCCUUGUCAAGGCGUUGAGCUCUCAGACAUCAACUUGGUGUACAAAGGACGCAACGGGUCAGUCACGGCUACGUGUGAGAACGUUGGUGGUUCGGUUUAUGGGAAGAUCGUGCCUGGUGAUUGCCGGAUGCGAUGAUCUAAAACUAGUCCUGUGUUAGGUUUGGAUUUUUAGAUUGUAAUAUUUCGUAUACAGGUUGUCCUCGAUCUAAUACUGAAGCUUAUCUAAAACUUUAUUAAACUCCAAACAUAUUAAUAAUAGUUAAAACACAAAAUUGUGAUGUCAAGCGUCUCCAAAAGUGACUUCAAAUAUGAAAUUUUGCAUUCUCUUAAAGUAACGUCAAAAAUUUGAAGUUUUGUAAAGUAAAAUUUAAAAGUUCAAAUUUGAAAAUUUACAGUAUAAAACUCUAGUGCAAAAUACAAGCAUGUGAUAGGGUCUAAGACUUAAAUGCAGUAAAAAUAAAUGUCAAGAUAAAACUCUACACAAAAUUUAAGACAACCGCUACUCAAAACAACAUAUUCUUAAAACCAGUUGAGAACCUUUAGGACAUGAGACAUGGCUUUUUAAUUGGAUAAGUAACACAAUUCAUUAAACUUAAUACACCAAGACUUAAAAACUUAAUUAAAUCAUUUAUAUGUCAUUAAUAUCAUUCUUAUUUUUUUUCUUAUAAAUCAUAAAAUUAUUUUUUAUAUCUAACAAGAUCCAUUAUGCAUAAGUUAAAAUCAAAUAUUAAUACUACAUAUAGAUGCAAUUGAACUAUAUUAAAUUACAGUAAAAUUAAAAUAUAAAAGAUGAGAUAUUUAGUAACUAUCUCACCAUUGGACUUAAUAAAUUGAGAUUAGUUUCUUAACAUAUUUUUACGUUUUUUUUUCUUUCUUUUUUUAUCAUCAACAUACUUAGUGAGUAUCUAACUAAUAAGGUUGUUCUUAAAGUGUCUACGGUUUCUUGCAUGCUAUAGUUUGUAUCUUGACAGACUUUUUCAAAUAUAUAAUUAUGUUAUAUUUUGUGUCAUGUAAAGUAUUGUAAUUAUUCACCUUAAUAUAUUAGCAUUUUUUUAGUUAUGAGUAGUGUAAUUUUUAUAUUUUCACCGAUAUUAUAUUGGCGGAUUACAUAUACAUUACAUGAUAUACACAACGAAUAAACUCAUUUAAAACAUGGAAUUUGUAUUUGUUUCUUGCUGUUUGAUUUCAUUCCAAAAGUAGUUGAUUCUAUAGUGGAUCAAAACUAGAACAUGAAAUAUUUUUUUCUAUGUCUAAUUUUAUUUACUUCUAUUCACAAAAAUUUCUUGCUAAAUCUAGAUUUAUUUUUCUUCCUUUUUUCCAUAUAAAUAUUUAUAGUAACUCUACAAUUUGAAAUUCAUUUUUUUUUAAAUAUAUUCGUGUUGACCGAAUCCCAUAAGAGUUUGAAAUGUUGACAUCAAGAUGACAUUAUCCGUGAAUGUGGAAAGUCUGAUAAAUAAAUGUGAAUCUUAUCUUAUGUGAUAAGACUUGCGCCUUGGACAUGGUAAGUUUACAUUAAAAUUAUUAAAGAAAUAUCGUAUGAAAAAAAUUUUAUAUUAUUGAUCGAAUUAAUAUAUUUAGCUCUUAAAAAAAAAUUUAAAACCUUUUUUGUUAAGUACAUAGUUUGUUUACUAAUGAACUCAUCUCAUUUUCAAAAAUAUUUUAGGUCAAAAAAUUAUUUAUUGCAUAAAAACCUAACGUUUAGGCCGAAGAAUCUCAUGUCUACUAUUUGGUUACAAUGAAACUAUGUCAGCUUGGUUUUAUAUCAUGAUUUAGCAAUUUAAAAGUUAAUUAUGAUUAUGAGAAGUUUACGUCACGUGUCAAUCCUAUUUAUCUUCGAUAUUUUUGUUAUUGCUCGAUAUAAAUAUUGAUUUUUUAGUUUAUUCUCAUUUCAUUUUUUUAUUUUGGCCUGAGAUUUAGAAAAUGUUUAAGAUUCAAAAUUAUUAAAGAGAUCGAUACUUAGGUUAAGAUUUGCGUCUUGUGCAUAAUAAAUACUUAUUUUAUAUUUUUCUACAUAUUAUUAAAUAAUAAAAUAAUAAUUAUAUAUUAAAUAACUAAGAAAUCAGUUACUAUUAUGUAAUAAAUUGGGUUGCACAUAUAAAUCAAAUGACCGCUCUUGUUUAUUUGCAAUCAUUUUAGAAUAAAUAAA